AUGGAAGUGCCCACGUGCCAAGAAAGACCAGGAGCCACCAUGGUGGUGCCUGUGGUUCCUGCCGACUUGCAUCAGGGCACAACCACACCGUGCCAGCUGCCCUGCUGGAUGGGGGUGCUGAGAGCCUGCGGAUUUCUGUACCAUCAUGGCAAAUGCUUCCCAAGGAUCACCAGGACUUUCACACUGGCUCCCACCAGCCAGGGUGGCCGUGUGCUCAUGGUGCCCUCUUCUCUGCCCCUAGGCAGCCGGGACUGCUUGCCACUGGCAGCGGCCCCCUGGAGGUGGCGGCUGGCAUGGAGGCCGGGCUACAUGAGAAGUGUGUCUGGGCCCAGGAUCGGGUUCCUCUCCCCGGCUGCGGGCAUGCCGCUCUGGGUCCCAGGUGCGUGUGGAGAGGAGGCCCACCGCUCCGAGUCCCGGGCCCGCUGGUGCAGCCUUGACCCGGGAGGCCAGUGGCGAGGCCCCUCGGUGGGGAGCCCAGUCUCCAGGAGCACAACGGCCCCUGCUGUGAUCCCUGUGAGAGGAACCACCCCACGCUUUGGGGUUCAGCUCAGAGCUGGCACCAGACUGCCCGAUGGGCUGACCGGGCUGCGUGGCUGCAGGGAUGUGGGGCGUCGGGAGGAGUUUUCUCCCAUGGACGGUCCUGAGGCCCCUCCUGACUCCCAGGAUGCCUCUGCCUCAAGCUUCGGCUUCAUGCAGCUCUCGCUUGGUCCUGCUGGGGAACGUGGAGAAGCAGAAGGCUGCCCACCCCCCAGAGAGGUCGAGCCCCCCCUCCAGAGCCUCCCAGGAACACGACCUGAAGCCGCCAGCUUGGACAGGCCCCCGAGGACCCAUCGAGAGUCCUUCAGUCUCAUGGCCACUUGCGGCUCAGCAGGGAGCAGCUCCAUGCCAGAGCGCGAGAUUUCAAUACUGGACAUGGACACCGGCUCCUACUGCUCCCCGGAUCCCUCGUUGACUGGCUCCAGUGGUGACCCGGGUGGCGUCGGGGAUGCCCACUGUUGGGACACCCUGCUCAGGAUGUGGGAGCUUAUGCUUUGAGACUGCCUGCUGAGCAGCUGGAGGCAGCUGGAGGUCAAAUCCUUGAGAUUAAGGCUUCAGAAACUUCAAGAAGCAGCAGUCGAAAAGGAGAAUUAUGAUAAAGGAAGCCAGCGGAAGGGUUCCCUUUUCAUCUGGGGUGCACAGUAAGUGUUGGUUCCAGUCAUAAGAAUUAAACAUGGAAGGUGGGCGUGUCAUUUUUGCACUUUUCCCAGCUUGCCAGAGCCAGCUGGAACCAAUUGCUUUGGAUCCACCAUGCAAGCCCCAACACCCUGA